GCUUACUACAUAACGCAUUUUUGACCCGGAUGGCCUUCCAUAGAAAUACAACACAGGCACGAUUCUCAUACCGAGAGUCAGAGCAAUGACACACGCCCCCUUGUUCGAUCCAAUUAUUCAAUAUGGCGGCUAUAGCAAAAAGGAAGCGAAUAAUCAGCUCAGAAUUCACAAAUACAAACAAUGAAAAUGAAAAUGCUUUAAUGAGACCACAUGCUAAUGAGGCUGGACGCGAAGACAGCACACAUAAUCCGCAGUUUGUGGAAGGCUCCAUAGUUCGGAUUAAAAUGUGCAACUUCCUAACCUAUGACUUCUGCGAGGUGUAUCCAGGACCAAAUUUAAACAUGAUCGUGGGAGCUAAUGGUACAGGGAAAUCUAGCAUAGUUUGUGCAAUCUGUUUGGGUCUAGCCGGAAAGACUUCCUUCAUUGGUAGAGGAGAUAAAAUUGGACUUUAUGUGAAGCGGGGAUGCAACAAAGGCAGCAUUGAAAUUGAGCUUUACAAGCCUGAUGGGAACCUUGUGAUUACUCGAGAAAUUCAAGUUGAAAACAAUCAGUCAACGUGGGCGAUAAAUGGGAAGCAUGCAACUCAGAAAAAUGUGGAAGAAAAGGUUGCAGCCCUUAAUAUUCAAGUGGGCAAUCUUUGUCAAUUCUUGCCACAGGAGAAAGUUGGAGAGUUUGCAAAAAUGUCAAAAAUUGAACUGCUUGAAGCAACUGAGAAGUCAAUUGGGCCUCAAGAGAUGUACAAGUUUCACUGUGAUUUAAAAAACUUCCGUUCUAAGGAGAGGGAGCUAGAGAAUUUGUGCAAAGAGAAAUCGAGUUUCCUGGAAAAAAUGAAGCACAGAAAUGAGCGCUAUAAACAGGAUGUGGAACGUUAUUACGAGAGGAAACGACACUUGGAUAUGAUCAACAUGCUGGAGAGGAAAAAGCCUUGGGUGGAAUACGAAACUGUUAGGACGCAGUAUGAAGGUACGAAGAAUGAGCGCGACCAGGUGAAAAAAGAUUUGAAAAAGCUGAAGGAUGACCAGGCACCGAUGCUACGCAAAAUCCAGGCUUUUGACAGGCAAAUUGAAGUCAUUGAGAAGAAGAUGAAGGACAAGUCUUUGGAGAUCAAAGAAACAUCACAAAAGUGUAAGCAGAAACAAGACAUGCUGGAUCGUAAGGACAGAGAGAUUGAAGAUAUACAGCAGGCCCUAAAUCUUAAGCGGGAUGAAGAGACGGACCGGCAGAAGAGGAUUAAUAACACGCGACGCAUGAUCAAAGACUGGCAGAACGAACUGAGCAGCAUCGGUGACCUGGACCACGUGCAGCCUCAGAUAGAUGACAUCAACUGCCAGCUGCGGCAGAUUCAAGAGGAGAAGGCCAGUGCUGAUGGCGAGCGCACAGACCUGAAGAGGGAGAGGGACAACCAGGAGAGUGAGAGGAGAAGACUAGCUAAUCACUCCAAGAAAUUGGAAGAUAUGAUGAACAUGAAACAGGAGAAACUUCGGGAGCGGUAUCUAGACACCUAUAAGGCAUUCACGUGGCUGAGAGAAAACAAGGAGCGGUUCAAAGGCAAAGUCUACGAGCCCAUGAUGCUUGUGAUAAGUGUGAAAGAUCCAAGAAGUGCAAAGUUUGUUGAGAACCACAUUCCACUUAAUGAUCUCAGGGCCUUUGUAUUCCAAAAACAAGAAGAUAUGGAAAUAUUCCUUAAGGAGGUACGUGACACCCAGAAAUUAAGGGUAAAUGCUGUCCUCGCACCUACCCAGUCAUGUGCAAACAGGCCUCCAUCAAGACCAAUCGAGUACUUCCAACGUUACGGAUUUUACUCAUUCUUGCGAGAGCUGAUUGAUGCCCCAGAAGAGGUGAUGAGCUAUCUCUGCCACCAAUACAGAUUGAACGAGGUCCCUGUUGGGACUGAGAAGACCAAGGCAAUGAUUGAGACAGUUAUAAGAGAGUCCCAGCUGAGACAGUUUUACACAGCAGAAGAAAAAUAUAUUGUGAAAAAGUCCAACUACACCAACAAGACAAUUUCCAGUAACUCUGCUCUGCGCCACCCUCAGUUCCUCACAUUGACUGUGGAUGCUGAUGAAAGAACGCAGCUAGAGGAACAGCUAAAGAUGAUUCAACAAAAGAUGCAGACAUUGGAUUCACAAAUGAAGGCCCUGUCGGAACGUCAGAAUGUGCUGGAUCGUAGGGACAAUGAGCUCAGAGUGCAAAAGAAAGACCUGUCUGAGCUGAAGGGAAAGAAAAGGCAACUGGAACAGAAAAUUAGCACCAAACAAGACAGUUUGAAGCAGAUGGAACAGUAUGCCAUCAAUCUACAACAAGAAGAAGAACGGACGAAAGCGAAGAUAAAGGCAGUCAAUGUCCAGAAAGUUAAGCUUGUAUCCGAACUCAUGCUGCUUAUAAAAGACUGUGCAAAACUGAACAUGGAGAAGGUGAACCUGUCUCUUGAAAGUACUGAGCUGAAUGCCCAGAAGAGCAAGCUAGAGACUGAGUGCAGAGAAGGGUCUUCACAACUGAAAAACAUGGAGAAACAGUACACAGAGUUGGAGAAGAGAAAGAUUUCACUGAUGGAGAACUGCAAGGCAUUGUUGAAGAAAGCAAAGGACAUGUGUAAUUUGGAUCCAGGGCAGAGUGCUGUUCCAGAAGAGCUCCAGUCUGGGUUCCGUAAGCUUCCAGAUACUCUGGAUGAAAUAGAUGCUUUACUUCAUGAGGAGAGAUCAAGAGCCUCUUGCUUCACUGGCUUAAAUGCUUCAGUUGUUGAUGAGUACACAAAGAGGACCCAGGAAAUUGAGAACUUAACAAAAGAACUAGCAGAAAAGAAAACUGAAUUGGAUAAUUACAGGCAGAAUAUUUCCCAGGUAAAAGAAAGGUGGUUAAAUCCACUGAAACAGCUUGUAGAGCAAAUCAAUGAGAAGUUUGGUGAUUUCUUCAGUUCCAUGCAGUGUGCUGGGGAGGUGGACCUACAUUCAGAAAACGAGGAGGAAUAUGACAAGUAUGGAAUUCGCAUUCGAGUGAAGUUUCGCAGCAGCACCCAGCUCCAUGAGCUCACUCCACAUCAUCAGAGCGGCGGCGAGCGCAGUGUUUCCACCAUGCUGUACCUCAUGUCGCUGCAGGAGCUCAACCGCUGCCCUUUCCGAGUAGUGGAUGAAAUUAAUCAGGGUAUGGACCCAGUCAAUGAACGGCGUGUUUUUGAAAUGGUGGUCCGCACAGCUUGCAAGGGAACCACUUCUCAGUACUUCUUUAUUACACCCAAACUGCUACAGAAUCUGACAUAUGCUGAUGAGAUGACUGUCCUGUGCAUACACAAUGGGUCCCACAUGCUGCCUCCUACAAAGUGGAACUUGAAAGCUUUCUACAGAAGACGACAGCGAGUUCAGCGGAUGUUAGCCCAGUGAAGAGAGCUUCAACUUGCUUUUCAGUGCACAGCUCUUCUCAGAGUGGUAGUAGUACCUGUUGAGUCAGUUAACUGCAGUAUUUGGAAAAUGGAUGCUGAUGGAAUUCCAGUGAAUUCUCAUGUGUGUUCUGUAUUUAUGUAAUCAGUUCCCCUAUAGUUCUUUUACUUAACA